CACCCCCUCGGGUUGGUAUGAAGAAACACAUGAGGGCGGUGCUAGUACUUUUCCCACUCGGUAAUGCCUCAUCUCUCCAGUGAGACAACUUUUUUAAAGAAGGUGCAUCAGAAACUAGGAGCUAUACCUCUGACAACCUCCCUUCUUCUCAACUUCUUAAGGCUCUCCUCAGUAACCCCCUCCCAUACAAACAAAAUGGCAGAUGACCCAUGGCAGAGGGCUUAUGACUUUGCUGUUCAAGUGGCAAGAAAAGCCGGAGCUGAAAUCCGGAAAGCCGGGGAGAGUGAAAUCAGGGUGAUGACAAAGAGCUCCACUGUAGACCUCGUCACUAAGACUGAUGAGAGGGUGGAGAAAAUCAUCAUCGGCUCUCUCAAGGAGGAAUUCGGAGAAGGCACACACUGUUUCAUUGGAGAGGAGUCAGUCGCAAAGGGGGAGCCCUGUAUCUUAACUGAUAAACCUACAUGGAUCAUAGACCCUGUGGACGGCACCACAAACUUUGUGCAUGGAUUCCCGUUCGUGGCUGUGUCUAUUGCCUUUGCUGUCAAUAAGGAGUUGGAGUUUGGUGUGAUUUACAGCUGCUUGGAGGACAAGAUGUAUAAAGCAAGGAAGGGCAAGGGAGCUUUCUGCGACGAAGAACAAAUUCAGGUGUCCGAUGUAAAAGAUAUCAAUAAGUCCAUUAUCAUCUCUGAGCAUGGAACUGACAGGACCAAGGAAAAAGUAACCAAGAUCUUCUCCACCAUGCAGAAGAUCCUCUGCAUCCCAGUGCAUGGGCUCCGUGGGUCCGGGACAGCUGCCACCAACAUGUGUCUGGUGGCCACGGGGGCAGUGGAGGCCUUCUUUGAGAUUGGGAUCCACUGCUGGGACAUAGCUGCUGGAGCGGUUAUAGUCAAAGAAGCAGGGGGAAUACUACUGGAUGUUGAUGGGGGACCGUUCGAUUUGAUGUCUCGAAGGAUGGUUUCAGCGAACAACGAUAUUAUUGCUAACCGGAUCAUCAAGGAAAUUGAAAUAUUCCCGGCGGUAAGGGACGACGCUCCGAUCCAGAAGAAAUGAGACUAUACAUUCCAAAAUGAGUACCAGAAGUCCACUCUGUCGCUGUAUGUCUAAUAAAGUUGCUGUGCUGUAAUCACCACUGAUUGUA